AUGGAAUUAUUACCUAUCAAUGUAAUUACUCAAAUUUUCAAAUUUUUGAGUGUUAGCGAGAUUUAUUCUAAAUUAGCAUUAUCAAAACAUCUAAUGUAUCAAUAGUUCUGAUUUAGAUCAUUAUUAUAGAAUUAACAAGUACAAAGAUUAUUAUUAUGUACGUAUUAUCCGAGGCAAUUGAUGCUCAAAUUUUAAAAGAAUGAGUACAUGAAUCUUCUGAAAUCCUUAAGGGAUGCAAGAUUAUAAGAGCUUCCAUUCUGGGGGAUUGUAACUAAUGGGGGUUUGACAGGAAAUAGUUUAAGAUUUUGGAUUGGAAAAUCAUUUAUGAAUACAUAUAUGCAAUAGGUAAGUUUAGCCAGGUUGGAGAAUUCGUUUAUUUCAGGAACACUGGCUUUAGACUCAAUUAAUCUAAAAUAAGCAUUAGUUUAAUAUACAAAAAAAUUUAUAUAAUUUCUGGGGAUGGAAUUGACUUAAACAUUUUAUAAUUCUAAUUCCCUUGAUGUUUGCGUUGAAAAUAUCACGAUCUUUAGCUUAUUUUUAAGUUUUCAAUACUUAGAGGAUUUCGAAGAUCAAAAUAUAUUUGAUGGAUUACAGUAUCUUUAUUUUUAUCAAUAUUGUAAGAAUCUUUAAAUAGUUUUAAUGACUUCUACGGAUCCUUACAACUUAAAAGAUGAUGACUAUCAAAUGUAUACAGUUAUCUUUCUAUGAUAGAUUACCUUAAGCCAUCUCGUUGGUGUAAGGAGUGUAGAUUUGUAGAAAGACUUUGGGUGAAAAAAUAAUAAAAACAAUCCUAUUAAUCACAAGUGAAGAUCAACAAAUUAAGGAUAACACAAAAUAGAAUUUAAGAACAGUUGAUGAAUUAUAUAGUUUGAUUAAAGAGCAUGGAAAUCAAUAUACACUCACUUAAACAAAUAUCCCAAUUUUAUAAUAGUUUUGUGAUCAAAACUAAUUUGACAAUUCAAAUUAGCUGAAGUAUCUUUAUUGCACUUUUGAACCCAAAGGGUAAUUACAACCUUUAUUAUGGCUGCAGUUUGUGAAUCCAAAUGAAUAUGAGGUUGCUUUAAAUUUCAAUGAAUCUACAUAGAGAUUGGCUAAAUCAGUUUAAUUGAAAUUUUUUGAUGUAGAUUAAUAAGAAGAUUUUGAAUAUAGUGGAAUUUCAUUUGGAUAUGUAAGUCUCAAAGGAUACAUUUUAGAUUCUAAGAACUUAAAUAUGCGCAGAGUUAAUUGA